AUGCCUCAAUCCAUUCUCAAGUCCCUCCUCGCAGCGACGCUCAUCCUCUCAGCCGAGGCGAAACGCUGCGACGAGCUCGACAUCCUCGCCGGUCAACACGUCGUGUAUUCCUUCCCGUCGACGAGCCAACCCCCCGAUGAACUCAUCAACCUCACCAAGGCCGGCCUCGUCGGCGGCGUCAUCCUCUUUGGCGAAAAUGUCGACGCCAACACCGCAAAGGCCAUGUCCGCUCUCAAAGACGCCUACAACGCGUCCCCCGCCCCAGCACUGCUCAAGAAGAAGACUGGCAAAGACGCCCGGUUCUUCGUCACGACAGACCAGGAGGGCGGAAUGGUGCGGCGCAUCAAAACCGGCGAACCGAAGCUGAGCGCCAAGCAGAUGGGUGCGGCUGCUGAUCCGGCCGCCGCUGGCAAAGCAGGCGGUGCUGGUGCCGCCGUCAGUCUGAAGGAGUAUCAGUGUAAUUCCAACCUGGCGCCCGUGCUGGAUGUCUUUAGAGAAGCUGGCGACUUCACCGACUACUUCCAGAGGUCGUUUGGAAACACCUCACAGCAGGUUGUCACCGCUGCUGUUCCGUUCAUUACUGCCCAGCAGGCCGCGGGGGUUGUCGCCUGUGGAAAGCAUUUCCCCGGCUUGGGCGCGGCUUCUCACGACGCCAACACUGAUUUGCAACCCGUGGUGCUGAAUCUGACGCUCUCGGAGAUCCGCAAGGUCGACCAGGCGCCGUAUGUUGCUGCCAUCAAGGCCGGUCUGGAAAUGGUCAUGGCUUCCUGGGCCGUGUACCCUUCCCUGGAUGAGCGACCAGCCGGUCUGAGUGAGAAAUGGAUCAAGGGCGAGCUUCGUUCGCGACUCCGUUUCAAGGGUGUCACCGUCACGGAUGCCUUGGAGGCGGGUGCGCUGUCUGCGUAUGGAGAUGCCGGCGCUAGAGGUGUUGCUGCCGCCAAGGCUGGCAUGGAUAUGUUGUUGGCGAGUGGGAGGAACGUGACGCAGGGAGAGGCCGUGAGAAAGGCUGUCGUGCAGGCUUUGAAGAAGGGACAGCUUGAUAGGAGGGAGUUUGAUGAAGCUACCGUGAGGAUUGCGGGGAUGCGCAGCAGAAUUGUUGCGUAG